AAUAAUUCGCUUGACAUUUGCUGCUCACUGUCAAUAUUAAUAUUAACAUUGUCCACACCCUUUCUGUGUCCCUCAUCAUUAAUGUCAUCUUUCCACGUAUUUCGCUCUGUGCGAAUAUCUUCUGUUGCCCGCGAGCGUCCAGUGCAGCUCUUGAAUCACUGGACGCGGUCAAACAAACAAAAUUUAGGGAGUCCCAGCUUGCGGAGAUGGUUACACGGUUCGCAGAUACAGCGUCACGGAAAUGUGACUAGGCCAGAUCCUGGUACUGGAAUUAAAUUGCAUUUCAAAGAUUCGAAGGGUAAACUGUUGAAGACCAUCGAAGCGAACGAGGGGGAUGACAUUCUUUCAGUUGCGCAUGAGCAUGACAUUGACCUAGAAGGAGCAUGUGAAGGGUCAGUUGCUUGUUCGACGUGUCAUGUUAUUCUCUCGCCCGAGCAUUAUGAUUUACUCCCCGAGCCAUCUGACGAUGAAAAUGACAUGCUGGAUAUGGCGUUCGGUUUAACUGACACGAGUCGACUGGGAUGUCAAGUGCAUAUAACUCGCGAAAUGGACGACAUGAUAGCGACACUGCCUAGUGCCACUCGGAACAUGUUUGUGGAUGGGAAGAAGUCCACGCAUCAUUGAUAGUAAACCAUGGAUAUAUCCUUUACGUAUCAAAAAAAUCUCACCGCUGACAAGAUAUCCGUUCUUUGUGGAGGUCAAGGUUUGGUCUUUCACAGGUAUAGUCAACGUUGCGACGACUGUAAGAUACCGGUGCCCUCGGGCAGUGCUCAUGUGCACCGUCAUUCUAUUAUUAAGGGUUGUCGGAAUUGUGAUUUUGAUUAAUACCUGU